AUGACAGCUGCCAGUCCAGCCUGCAGCCCCACCUCCUCCUCCCACUCCUCACCUGUCUGCCUCCCAGCAUGCCACAGACACCUGAGGAAAAGCAAAGCCCUCGGAAGCAAACUGCGCCUGGGCUCCGCUCCAGGCGUGUGGCUCCUGCUGGGAGCCCUGGUGGUGCUGGUGGGCAUGUGCGUAGCAGUGGCGGGCUACGUUUCUGCAGGGCCAAAGCCGGUGGGCAGACGUGGUGGCACCCACAUUGAGAGGAUGAAGCUGGCCGGUCCCGUGGUCAUGGGAGUGGGCCUCUUCAUUUUCAUCUGCGCCGCCACGCUGCUGUACGAGAACCGGGACCGGGAGACCCUCUCAGCAGACAUGCCUGACGACAUGGAGGAUCUGAAAGGGGGGAGCUGCUGGGAGGACUCGCAAGAUCCAGAUGGAGAGCAGACUUCUUGGGCCACCCCGGUUCACAUACUCCCCCUCUCAAGCCAGAGCACCCCGUUUCCUCCUUCGCCUCCUUCCAACAGACACAACACCAGCAGCAAACCAACACUGCCACCUCCUCCUGACGCAGGAGGUGCAAACAGAGAGGAGGGAGACAGAAAAGAGGAGAAAGGAAAGUCCAUUCUGCUGACCCGUGUUCUGCACCACCAGGAGCCCACUCCUCACCCACCCUCCCCCUGCCUGUCCAUCUCUCACGGCUCUGUCCACUCAGACUCCUCCAAAUCGAGUGAGAUCACCGUGAACGGACGGACAGACUCCGAGCUGCCUCAGCACUGACUUCA